AUGGCUAAACCUAUGGCUAUCCUACUCAACCACCUACCCAACUACCUAUAUAUCAUCCUCAAGUACCUCCCGGUAAUCCUAUUUGCCAAACUAAUGGCUAUCCGCCUCAUGCGCUACCCGUUAGCUAAGCUAAUGGCUAUCAUCCUCAAAUAUCUCUUGGCAAUCCUGCUAGCCAAACUAAUGGCUAUCUCGCCUCACCCACCUAUUAGCCAAGCUAAUGGCUAUCAUCCUCAAGUGCCUCUUAGCAAGA